AUGAGUCAUGACCUUCAAACUAACGACGCUGCAGUGAGCAGAGAAUCUUUACAGCCCAAACAUCAUCAUAAAAAUCACUCGGAAGCUGGACAAGGGAACAAUUUAGGUGACGCAGUUGCACAGGUUGCGAAGCAAUUGUCUUUAUCUUCGGCCUCGGAAGAAGGGCACAUGCACUUAUUACAACCGACGCCUGGGGGUAACCUCGACCCUUUAUCACCCGCAUUUGAUGCCCGGUUUUGGGUCAAGGAGUUCAACAGAGUGCUAGAAUCGGAUCCUGAUUCUGCACCUCCUCGAUCCCUUGGUGUUGCGUUCAAACAACUGGGUGUAUUUGCAUAUGGAACUGAUGCUGAGUUUCAGAAGACCACAGCAAGUGUCGUGAUUGAAACCGCGACCUACCUAACACGAUGGCUCGGUGGAGAUCGACAGGGCCCACGGGUGGAUAUUCUACGCGACUUCGAGGGGGUCGUUGAGAAGGGGAGAUGCCCUCCCGGCUCUGGAUGCUCGACACUUCUCAAAUCCCUGGAAGGGGAAACAGCAGACUUGAAAGUGACGCCGGAGUCAUAUAUCAACUUUCGAGGCUUAGAAAUUUCCAAGAUUCGUUCUUCACUUCGCGGGGAUGUUUUGUACAACGCCGAGCUUGAUACUCACUUGGCACAUCUAACCGUUGGUGAGACUUUGACAUUCGCAUCUCGUGCAAGCUCUGUUAGACAUGUCCCAAGUGGCUUCACUCGCCAGCAGCUGGAUACAGUUCGUCGCGAUGUCAUGAUGGCGAUCUUCGGCCUGAACCAUACCAUCGAUACUCGGGUCGGAGACGAUUUUGUACGUGGUGUUAGCGGUGGAGAGCGAAAGCGCGUUAGCAUUGCAGAGGCAUCUCUUACUGGAGCCAAGUUCCAGUGUUGGGACAAUUCUACCCGGGGCCUGGACAGCGCCAAUGCUAUCAAUUUCUGCAGCAACCUACGACUCCAGGCAGAUCUUCUUGAUAUAACCUCGGUGGUCACCUUGUAUCAAGCACCACAGUCAGCCUAUGAUGCAAGUCUCCAAUUCAUAUUUCUGUCCUUUCGCACUUUUUCAAAGAUGUUUGAUCGGGUGACAUUGUUAUAUGAAGGCAGACAAAUAUUCUUUGGUCAUAUUACCCACGCAAAAGGUUAUUUUGAGAACCUGGGAUUCUUUUGUGAGCCUCUGAUAUACCCCGAUUCGACAAUACAAACCAUCCCCGAUUUCCUAACAUCGAUGACGAGCGCGGAGGAGCGCAGGGUGCGACCCGGGUUUGAAAGAUCCGCACCUCGCUCAGCAGUAGAGUUUUCAGAACGAUGGCAGUCAAGUGAGCAACGGAGGAAGCUACUUCUCGAAGUGGCAUCGUAUGAGCAGAAACAUCCCUCAGAGAUUAGAAUGGUGGAAUAUGACAAAUCUCGACGUGCCGAACAAGCGAAGCAGCAGCGUGCCAGGUCUCCCUACACCAUAUCAUACUUCCAACAAGUUUUUCUGACUCUAUGGCGUGCCUACCGGAGACUGCUUGCUGAUCCAGGGUUCACGAUAGCGUCCCUCCUUUUCAACGUCAUUAUGGCGUUGAUUCUGGGAAGCAUGUUCUACGAUCUCAGCCCUGACACCUCUACCUUCUACUACCGUGGGGGUUUAAUAUUCUUCUCACUGCUUUUCAACGCGUUCGGGAGCCAGCUUGAAGUCUUGACCAUCUAUGCAGAGCGUCCCGUCGUCGAGAAGCAAAAUCGCUACGCCUUCUACCAUCAGUCUGCCCAGGCCAUCGCAAGCUACUUCACCGACCUGCCCUACAAAAUAAUCAACAUGUUUGUUUUUAAUAUAAUAAUCUACUUCAUGGCCGGGUUAAAGCGAGAAGCAGGUGCUUUCUUCUUCUUCUGCCUUGCUACACUUCUCACCACCCUGAUUCUAUCGGCUCUCUUUCGCACAUUGGCUUCUAUAACCAGGACCCCUGAUCAAGCAAUGAUACCUACUGCAGCUCUGAGCCUUGGACUGAUGAUCUAUACCGGAUUUACUACCCCGCCAGCAUACAUGCCGGGGUGGUCACGUUGGAUGGCGUACAUCAAUCCUCUUUCAUAUGGCUUUGAGGCCUUGAUGGCCAACGAAUUCCACGGCCGAGAUUUUCCAUGCGCAACCAUGGUACCCAAUGGGCCAGAGUAUACAAGGCUGCCAUCCGCAUCGCAGGUAUGCUCUGUUGUUGGUUCGGUGGUCGGCUCCAAUAUUGUCAAUGGAGAUGACUAUAUCGGCAAGUCUUUUGACUACCACGAUGUCCAUAAAUGGAGGUCAGUAAAUGUGAAAGAAUUUCAAGAAAUGUUCCGGCUAACAAAACCAUCGGGUAGAAAUAUUGGCAUUCUCUUCUCGUUUGUGGCUUUUCUUUUCCCUGCCUACAUCUUAGCGGCUGAGUUGGCAAAACCUCCCAAGACGCGCGGAGAAAUUCUUGUGUUCAGCCGUACUAGGGGCUUUCUCGGCCCAAAAGAUAUUCAAACCGUGGAUUCGGAGAACCAAGAAAAAAAUCGUCCCGUCGUCGCAGAUAAAGUACCGUCUUUGCCUCCGCAAAAAAAUAUUAUUUCCAAGUCUGGGAGGGAUAUCUUUCACUGGGAGGAUAUUUGCUAUGAUAACAAAGCCAAAGACGGGACUCGUCGCCUCUUAGAUCAUGUUGACGGCUGGGUGAAACCCGGUUUGUCGACAAUCCUUAUGGGAGUGUCUGGGGCAGGAAAAACGACUCUCCUAGAUGUUCUGGCAACCCGUGUUACCACUGGCGUCGUGGGUGGCCAAGCAAUGGUCAACGGAAAGCCCACAGACCCUUCCUUUCAGCACAAGGUCGGCUAUGUUCAACAACAAGAUCUUCACCUAAGCACUAUGACGGUCCGCGAAGCUCUGUGUUUCAGUGCCCUUCUUCGACAAUCCGCGGAAGUACCCAAGUCUGAAAAGCUCAACUACGUGGAACAUGUGAUCGAUACGCUAGAGAUGCGAGAGUUCGCAGAUGCUGUCAUCGGUGUUCCUGGGGAGGGACUCAAUGUCGAGCAACGGAAGCGCUUAACGAUUGGCGUGGAGCUGGCCGCUCGACCCCAGCUUUUGGUCUUCUUCGACGAACCGACAUCGGGGCUGGAUUCGCAGACAUCAUGGGCAAUUUCAGGGCUUAUCAAAAAGUUGACUAACAGUGGCCAAGCAGUUCUCUGCACUAUCCAUCAACCGUCUGCUAUUCUUUUCGACCAGUUUGAUCGACUCCUACUCAUCGCACCGGGGGGUAAAACCGCCUAUUUUGGUGAUCUUGGUUGCGGUGCUUCGACUCUCAUUCGAUAUCUCGAGAAGAACAAUGCGACUCCAUGUCCAGCUGGUGCCAAUCCAGCUGAGUGGAUGUUACAGGUGAUAGAGCCGCAUACGAAUGGCACCAAUGGACCGGAUUGGCACCGAAUAUGGCUAGACUCUCCCGAGUUUCAAGCUGUCAAAGAAGAGCUUUAUCAUCUGCGAACCCCGCAUGCAACAGACCGCACAAAUUAUGACGGUAUCACUAAUGAGAACAGUUCACAGCACCAAGAAUUCGUGGCCUCUUUCUGGUCUCAAUUUGGACUAGUACUUCGGCGAACCUGGACGCACUUGUGGAGAUCUCCAACUUAUAUCUGGUCAAAAACUAUAUUAAUCCUUCUUUCGUCUCUCUAUCUGGGAUUUAGCUUCAACGCCGAUAAUUCGAUUCAAGGCCUUCAGAAUCAGCUAUGGGCUAUUUUCAUGCUACUCGUUGUGUUCAUCAACAUCAACGAGCAAAUAAUGCCUAUCUUUCUGCCCCAGCGGGCGCUAUAUGAGGCACGUGAAGGGCCGUCGAAAAUUUAUAGAUGGACAACCUACCUACUGGCAAACGUUUUUGUUGAGCUCUUCUGGCAUACUCUAAUGGCCGUUAUAAUGUACUUUUGCUGGUACUAUCCCGUCGGCUUCGUCCAAAAUACCACCGCCGAUGAUCAAGCCAUUCGCGGAUUUGGCGUUUUCCUUUCGCUAUGGGUUUAUCUUUGGUUCACCAGCACAUUUGCCCACUUUGCCAUCUUUUGGAUCGACCUUCCCGAAACCGCUGGCGUACUCACUAGUCUCUUUUGGAUGCUGUGCAUCCUAUUUUGUGGAAUUGGUGUACCGCUGGCCGACCUUCCGGCCUUCUGGAAAUUCAUGUACCGUGUGUCACCAGCCACAUAUCUCGUCGGGGGUAUAAUGUCGAACGCAGUCGCAAACGCGGAAGCAAGUUGUGCUGAUCACGAGAUCCUCCGAAUGGGUUCAUUUCGAAACCUUACUUGCAACGAUUUCCUCGCCCCAUAUAUCGACGCAGCUGGCGGUCGGGUCCUGAACCCUGCAUCGCAGGAUAUUUGCCAAUACUGUCCAUUAGCCACGACGAACGAAUUUCUUGAACGAUUUCAGAUUUCUUACAGCACGAGGUGGCGAGAUUUUGGGCUGAUUUGGGUUUACAUUUUUGUUAAUAUACUCGCAGGCCUUGGGCUUUAUUGGGUUUUCAAGGUUCCCAAAGGGAGGGGUAGCAAGAAGGCUUAG